AUUACUUUAAGCAUCACCGCCUGCCUCUCUACACCUUCAUAACACAUCAUUUUACACACACAUAUACACUCACCAAAAAAGAAAAAAGAAAUCCAAAAAAUAAAAAAAAAAAUUGAGGGGAAAAUACAAAAAACAAGAAAAAAUUAGAGAAAUUAAAAAGAAAGGAUUUAGAGGAAGAAGGAGGUUUGUUUUUUGCUUUUUUUGGUUAAGAAAAAAGAGUGAAAAAGAAACAAAAAUGGCUACAACAACAACAACAACACAAAAACCAGCACCAAGUGAACAACUACAAACACUUAUGCAAUCUGGUCAAAUGUCACAAAGUCUAAGUUUUAGUGGUUUAAUGUCAAAAGAAGAUGAAGAAAUGUCAAAAUCUGCACUUUCUACUUUCAAAGCUAAAGAAGAAGAGAUUGAAAAGAAGAAAUUGGAAGUCAAAGAAAGAGUUCAAGCUCAGCUGGGUCGUAUUGAAGAAGAAACUAAACGUUUGGCUACUAUUCAAGAGGAACUUGAAGCACUCACAGAUCCAAUGAAAAAAGAAGUUACGGUGGUUCGUAAGAGGAUUGACACUGUCAACAAAGAGUUGAAGCCACUCGGACAGACCUGCCAGAAGAAGGAAAGGGAGUAUAAGGAGGCACUGGAUGCUUUUAAUGAAAAGAACAAGGAGAAAGUGCAACUAAUCACAAGAUUAAUGGAGCAGCUAGUGAGCGAAAGUGAGAAGACGAGGAUGAAGAAGCUAGACGAGCUGAGCAAGAGCAUUGAAACCGUACAAUAAGUUAAUAGUAAUAAAGAAAAACUGAUGGUGACUAUGGGGGUUUAAUCUGGUAAUUAGGUUUGUGUGAUGUGAUUGUCAUAUAUACAAGAUAUAAAUUCGGUUUGUUUGGAAUUUCUUUAUGGGUGUUUAUUUUGUUUUUGUUUGAAAAGUUAUAUUUUGGUGAUGGUAGGAUGGGAGGAAGUAACCUUUGUAAAAACAGGUUUGUUUUCGUUUUUUUUCAAAUCCUAAUUAUUAUUCUUUCUUCU